AUGAUCGCCUCCUACACUCUGCGGAACAGCCGCAUUGGCAACACCUACGCGUACGCCAUGUACAGCGGCGCUGCCGUGACGGGGGAGGAGUUCGUGACGGGCACCACCACCUACCCGUACAUCUUCGAGAGCGCUACGAACGGCUUUGUGGUGAAGAUGUUGAACGCCUAUCUUGCGUCGAUCAACAAGACUCUCGCCGAGGUCGGUGGCAGUCUGCAUACGUGUAUGGGCAGCGAAGGUAGAGACGCCACCGGGCAGACGUGCUACAAGGCGUUGCUGGCGGCCGCCGCGCCAGCAGACUGCCCCGCGGCGAACGUCCUCUGCUGUCCGCUCUUCUGGCGAGUGCGGGGGCAGAACAUCGAAACUACCAUGGCGGAGAUGGACGCCGAAACGAUCUUCUGGAACGGCGCCCACGCGAUCAACGGCUUCUUUACGAACUUCUCCCAAUCCUACCUGAUGGAGAACGGCAACUGCAGCAAGCCCGUGUUUAGUGACACGACAGCAAUCAGUCUAUCGGUCGACGCGACAGGGGAGUGGCGCUUUGUGCCGCUGCUGACCUCCUAUGUCCUGCAGGAGACGGCGCUGAACAUCAACGCGACGAGUGCGGCCACCUACUUUAAUAACACGAAUCCGCAAGACACGGUGGACACCGCCAGGGUCGCCCAGCAGCCGCUCUAUCGAAGCCUGCAGCAAUACGUCAUUCCCGUGGUUGUGUGUGUGGCGCUGCUCGUAGUCACCGGGCUGUUUCUCGUGAUCGCCUGCGGCUGCCAAACACACCGCACCAACGACAGUGUUCACCGCAUCCAGCAACGUCUGAUUGAGUUGAAGUCCGUCCCACCUCCCCAAGGCUCCGUCGCCAUCUUAAACGCUAUCAGCCCCGAGAGCAGCAGCAGAGACAGUAGCAGCAGCAGCAGUGGAAACAGCCCGCGCAGUAAGCAGCAGACGUUGAAUCGUUCUAUGAGUCGGCACUCCGCGGUGGCCGAUCGCUCGGGCAACGACAGCCUUAGCAGCGGUAGAAGCGACCCCAGGGAUGCGGCGGGCAGCGGGGAGUCGGCCCCCUUAAAGAAAGAUAAAAAGGCGUCGGCCAAACGCUUGUCUUGA